UCACUGUCAAAGCUCUCGACCAAGUAACGUUAAUUAGGUGCAAAGACCGAUUACUAACAAUGAUUCCUUACACGGUCAACAUCAAACUCGCGGCUCGGACGUUGACUGGCACUCUCAAUUUGCAGAAUAAAACCGCAGUAGAUUGGCCAGUGGAAGCAGGGGCUUUUUUGUGCUGAUAAUCCUCUUGAUCAGAGCAGCCAUUUGAAAGAACGAUGCAGCAACUAGCAAGUAAUGUGGCCUCCUUGUACAUUUUGCCGCUGAGAGGGAGGAAAAACAGCCAGCUGAAGUUGCUGCCAACCAGAGAACCUUCAAGCAGGGGCUGGCAGGGACUGAUAGCUCAGGGAUGUCACUCAAGCAUUCUUAUCAUCGAUCCAAAGACAGCACAGACCAUCCAAGUGCUGGAAAGGCACAAAGCCAAUGUGGUCAAGGUGAAGUGGUCGAGAGAAAAUUACUACCAUAAUUUGAGCUCACCCUACUGUUUGCGGCUGGCUUCAGGAGAUGCCUCUGGGAAGAUCAUAGUGUGGGAUGUCGUUAGUGGCACUGCCCAUUGUGAGAUCCAAGAGCACUCCAAACCCAUCCAGGAUUUGGAGUGGCUGUGGAAUCAGGACGUGUCCCGUGACCUGUUGUUAGCCGUACAUCCUCCCAAUUACAUCGUUCUGUGGAAUGGAGACACUGGAACCAAGCUGUGGAAGAAGAGCUAUGCUGAGAACAUCCUGUCCUUUUCUUUUGACCCGUUUGACCCCUCCAACAUGGCAUUGCUGACAAGUGAAGGAAUAGUCUUCAUCACAGACUUUUCUCACUCAAAACCACCAGGAAGUGCGGGGAAAAAGGUUUACAUUGCAAGUCCCCAUGCAAGUCCUGCCCACACCAAGCCUGCGCCCACUGCUGCACCAGCUCCUACUGGUGCCAAGAAGGCUCUCAACAAGGUCAAAGUGCUAAUCACCAAUGAAAAACCCACUGCAGAGGCAGUGACGUUGAACGACUGCCUGCAGCUCUCGUACCUGCCAUCCAAGAGGAACCACAUGUUGCUGCUGUAUCCUAGAGAGAUCCUCAUCCUGGACCUGGAGCUCAGCCAGACUGUAGGAGUAGUGGCCAUUGAACGUUCCGGAGUGCCCUUCAUCCAGGUGAUCCCGUGCGCCCAGAGAGAUGCCCUGUACUGCCUCCAUGAGAAUGGAUGCAUCACUCUCCGCGUGUGCCGCUCCACUGCAGCUCCAGAAGAAGCAUCGGGAGCAGCGGACCCAGAACAGAGUGCCCAGGAGCUUGUGUAUGACCUCCGCUCUCAGUGCGAUGCUAUCCGUGUUACCAAGACUGUCCGGCCAUAUCGCAUGGUUAUCUGCCCUGUCAACGAAAACAAUGCGGCUCUCACGGUCAGCGAUGGUAGAGUGAUGCUGUGGGAGCUCAAAGCCUACACAGGCAGAGUUGCUGUCAAUCCAAGUUCAGGUCUGUCGCCGCUGUACUCCCCGGUGUCUUUUUGUGGAUCUCCGCUGGGCCCAAACCAGAAACAUAUUCAGAAUCUCUCCCUCAACAGCAUGAUAGGUCAGACACUGAUAGCUGGUGAAGCCCCUCUUCCAUCAUCCAACCAGCAAGAAGUCCAGCUUAAGUUCCUGUUGACUGGCCUCCUCUCUGGUUUGCCACUGCCACCGUUUGCCAUCCGCAUGUGUCCACCUCUUACGACUAAAAACAUCAACCACUACCAACCGAUGCUGGCUGUUGGUACCAGUAAUGGGUCUGUACUAGUCUAUAACCUUACCAGUGGUCUUCUGCACAAAGAGCUCAGUGUCCACUCUUGUGAAGUCAGGGGUAUUGAGUGGGUGAGUCUCACCAGUUUCCUUUCUUUUGCCACAUCUUCUCCCAACAACAUGGGCUUGGUUCGAAACGAGCUGCAGCAUGUCGAUCUACCCACUGGCCGGUGUUUUGCAUUCAGAGGUGAACGGGGAAAUGAUGAGCCACCCAUUGAGAUGAUUAAAGUGUCUCAUCUCAAGCAGUACCUGGUAGUGGUGUUUAGAGACAAGCCCCUUGAGCUGUGGGACAUCAGGACGGGGACACUUCUUCGAGAGAUGGCUAAGAACUUUCCUACGGUUACGGCUCUGGAAUGGUCCCCAUCGCACAACUUAAAAAGCUUGAAGAAGAAGCAGAUGGCAGCGAGGGAGGCCAUGGCUCGGCAGACUGUUUCAGACGCUGAGCAAAAUAGUGUUGAAUCCUCAGUUAUCAGUCUGCUGCAGGAUGCAGAGAGCAAGUCGGAGACCAGUCAGGCCAUAUCAGCCAGGGAGCAUUUUGUGUUCACCGACACAGACGGGCAGGUCUACCAUAUCACCGUAGAGGGCAACACUGUUAAAGAUGGUGCCCGAAUCCCUCCUGAUGGCAGUAUGGGGAGUAUAGCCUGCAUUGCCUGGAAAGGUGACACCCUGGUGCUUGGCGAUGUAGAUGGAAAUCUCAACUUCUGGGACCUUAAAGCACGUUUGUCUAGGGGAAUACCGACCCAUCGCGGCUGGGUGAAGAAAAUUCGCUUUGCACCAGGAAAAGGAAACCAGAAACUGCUAGUGAUGUACACAGAUGGAGCAGAGGUCUGGGACACUAAAGAGGUCCAAAUGGUCAGCAGCAUGCGAAUUGGUCGCAAUGUUAACUACCGGGUCCUCGACAUUGACUGGUGUACUUCAGACAAAGUCGUGCUGGCUUCAGACGACGGCUGCAUUCGCGUGUUGGAGAUGGCCAUGAAGUCUGCUAGCUAUCGUAUGGAUGAACAAGAUCUAACUGACUCAGUGUGGUGCCCUUACUUGCUGCUACCACGUGCUGCUCUUACUCUGAAGGCUUUCCUCCUGCUGCAGCCCUGGUCAGGAACCUUCACAAUGGACAUCACACAAGUUGACUACAAUGAGAAAGAUGAGAUAAAAGGCCUGAUCCAGGAGCAACUCAAUUCUUUGUCAAAUGAUAUGAAGAGUGUGCUGCAGGACCCAGAGCUCAGCUUGCUGCAGCGCUGCCUCCUGGUCUCACGGCUGUUUGGGGACGAGUCUGACCUUCACUUUUGGGCAGUGGCUUCACACUACCUCCAGGCAUUUGCCCAGGCUCGGCAGCUCAGUGUGGCCACAGCGGAGGGUCAGGUUCAAAGUGAAUUAGCCCAGCAGUCUCCUCAGAAUCACCUAGACAUCUGCCACGACGUGCUGUGUGAGAGCUCCUAUUUCCAGAAAUUCCAGUUGGAUCGCGUUCACCUGCAAGAGGUGAAGCGCUCCAGUUAUGAGCAUACUAAGAAAUGUGCUGACCAGCUUCUCCUGCUAGGCCAGACGGACCGCGCUGUUCAAUUGCUGCUGGAGACGAGUGCAGACAAUCCCAGCUACUACUGUGACUCACUCAAGGCCUGUUUGGUGACCACCAUCACCUCCUCCGGUCCAUCCCAAUCCACCAUUAAACUUGUCGCCACUAACAUGAUUGCCAAUGGCAAGCUAGCAGAGGGGGUGCAGCUGCUGUGUUUGAUUGACAAGGCUGCAGAUGCCUGCCGCUACUUGCAGACCUAUGGGGAGUGGAAUCGUGCUGCCUGGCUGGCUAAGGUACGCCUCAGCCCAGCAGAGAGUUCAGAUGUGCUGAAGCGAUGGGCGGAGCAUCUGUGCUCCCCUCAGGUCAAUCAGAAGUCCAAAGCCAUCCUGGUGCUGCUUUCCUUGGGCUGCUUUUACAAAGUAGGGGAGAUGCUGCACAGCAUGAGACAUUUCGACUGCGCCGCCCUCUUUAUCGAAGCCUGUCUAAAAUACGGGGUCAUGGAGGCCAAUGACUCGUCUAAUAAACUCAUCGAGGCUGCGUUUUUGGACUACGCGCGGCUGCUGCGCUCGCUUGGCCUACGAGAGGGAGCGGCUCUGUGGGCAUCGCGGGCCGGCACCGCGGGGGAGCAGCUGAUGGAAGAGCUGUUCAAGGGGGAGGGAGGAGGGCAACAGGUCGUGCUUGAUGAUGACGACGAAGGCAAGCUGGCGACUGACGCAUGAAGAUGAAUGGAUUAAGUACUGAAAAUAAGGCUCGUCAAUGGAACUGCGCUAAUCUACAAUACAUCAUAAGAAGACAAAAGAGAGAUAAAGAGUCUCCAUUUUGUCAUUUAUCAGUUGUUUUGGACUACCUGCAUUUGUGGCUGGAGCGUUUUUGACAUUUUGUAAUGUUUUUUUUUUGUAAUGGUGCAACCAUGGUGUUUGUGGGCAGCUGUGUUUGCAUGUAGCUGCCUUUUAAAGAAUAUAUUUUAUUCUCCCAACAAGUCAAGUAAGGCACAUUGUUGUUCAUGGUGAUGUCUGACUCUCACUCUUUCAAUAUGGUGGUUUCGAGUUAUUGCGUGUGCCAGUGUUAACUAAUUGCUGUUCUUCCACUGUGAUGAAAUGUGGGAGUGAGCUGAACCCUCCAACGAUUCCAUGUUGAGUACGCACUGCCUUGAUGAAAGGUUACUAUCACUGCUCAUUCCAUCAAAAUAUUGCACUUUUUGAUUUCACCUAAACAAGAAUUAUAAUUUGCAAGACCAUUCCAGUAGCUGAGAGCCUUAGUAUUGCUCUGCAGAGAUUUUAAAUUAAGUGACUGCAUUUGCAUAAUGUAUUCCUAUUUGACACUUGCAUAUACAGUCAAGCCCGAAAUGAUUCAUAAACUGGUCAGAUUUGAGUUAAAUUGAGUUUUCAUUGCUUUGUUUGCUGAAACUUUUAUCUUCUAGCUGGAAAUGUAUUACUGUUGAGAUGAUUUAAAAAAUCAGGGCGGUCCAAACGUUUUUCAACUUGCAUACAGAAAAAUCUAAGAAUGCAGGAAACCAGCCCACAUCACAGCUUUGCAAUACACAAAACAUGCAUUAGUGUUUGUUAGUGUAUUAAUUUUCACUUUCGACCUGUCAACUUAUUUUUUUUCUUAUAACCUUUUUUUUUUUUUUUCCAGAGUGGCUCUACUCCUUUUUCGAAAUUCUCUACUUUAGGCUGGGUUUACUUUUAGAAUAUGAUGAGGGCAACAAAUGGCCCCUGGACCGGACUUUAGCCUCCCCUGCUCUUGGUUAUCCUUGAGGUUACAAUCAGGAUACUUAGUGGUGAGUACCAAUACAUUUUUAAAUGUAUGGGUUCAAAAAUGUUGACUAUUUGUCGUUCAUACCGCUAAAACAAAUUCAUCCACCUUUUUUGUAUCACUCUUACAGCAUCUCCAGGUAAUGAUACCAAAUAAUUUGCCAAAUAAAAGUCACUUUUAACUGAGAUUUGACCAAGGUAAGAAUCAUUUUGUGCUUAACUGUGGAUUCUCAUGCAGACCACAAGGCCAUACUUGAUUAGUAUGUAAAUGAGGUGUAAUGUUUAAAAUUAAACGUUUCAGUUGGCUUGCAAGGAUGCUUAGUAUAAUUGUGUCGCUCUCUUGCGUGCGUAUUAUUAACAGCAUGAGCUGUCCAUGUCUUGGAUGGGUUGCUUUCACACACGCUUCACGUAAGGGGUGUAGCUUGUUGCCAUAUCUCCUCUGCGCUUCUCGAUAUGUUCAUCAAACUCAUCUCUAUGACAAUGCAAUGACAUUUGUGUGUAUAGCCACCUUGUGAUGUGUCAACCUGGCCUGACUUGAGACAGGAACGUCUUUCAUGGGACCUUUAGUGUGUUAUUGUGUUUCAUAAACACGUCAGUGCUGUUCCCUCCUGUGUAACCAAACAGUGUGAAUAUGGCAAACGAGGCCCAUGUUGUUACAGAACUACCUGUUCCUGUGCAUCCAUUUCAUAAAGUCCCACUUGUACGUGGAGGAGCUGACAACACCACAGAUACAUAUAUUAUCUUGUUGCCGCGAAUGAUGUCAUGCAGUAUUGUAAUGGAAUAUACAUGCACAGUACUAAUUCCUGAAAGUUUGGCUCUGGUUUGAUACGGUGCUUUUGUUAGAAAACUAGUGCUGUUCAAAUGAAGGCCUGUAGCAAGAGAUCGAUGAAAAGCCUUAUACAGCCUUUUAUUGCAAUCAAUUAUUGUAAACACACAAAAAGCCUUUUUUUCAGUUGUCUAUCAAUGGUUACACAGUGAUGCUUUACAGUAAGCUUAUAUCUACAAUUUAAAAUAUACAAUAGACGUAUACGGUGGCAAUAAAGUGAGUGUUUAGAUUUUUGUAGUUGUCAUUACUGUACUUGCAAGUGUUAACACGGGGAGGCACUCCAACUUCUCAAACGGAGUGAGUGCAAUCUGCAGUUCUUUUAUUUCUUUCAGCUCAGGUAGAAUGGAAAAGUCCAGCCAUUCAUAAACAAGUCUUAAAAUGAAUCAGUUGAAGCACAAACUGCUUCCGCAAUUCAUCACUUCUCCCUCUGCUUCAAAUGAGUGCCAACAGCUGGCCAGGUUGAACCGUUUUUUCCUCUUUUCUUUAGCCUCUCAUUUAUUUAUUCACUCAACAACGUGCAUUCUGUUCUUUGUUUCUCAGAGCCCAAAGAGAAUAAAAGCGGUGCGAAAGAGAAGGCCACACAAAUGAUCUGAUUGUGUUUUCUUUAAAUCAGACUCAUGAAUAACUACCGGAGAGCUGAUCCAGCCGCUACAACCUGGUCAUCAGUAUGCAGGGUCUCACAUAGCAUUUCUAUUCUCCCCUUGAACGUUCUGCCUACCACCCAGCUAGCUGUCCCUGGGGGCAGCUUCCAAGCAAAUUCUGUGACUUCUAUCUUUCACGCUGCAUGUGCUGCAGCUCGUCCAUCUUAAGGGAAUAGGUGUCAUGCCAAACUUGCCAAAAGGCUCGUUUCCAUCAAUGACUCUUCUCAAAUGAGUCAAUGCUAUGUUAGAGUGAUAUUGUACAAGAAAUCAAUCGAUGUGUUUGGUUUCUGAACUGGCAAGAAGCACUCAUGCACAUAGCGACAGCCACUAUUUCACACUACAAACAGUAUCAAAAUGUCAAUGUGGAAAUAAUGCACAUUGUAAUUUGAUUCACACAGGAGCUGUGCAAUGCCUCCUUUCAAAAGGAUUAACUUUCAUUUUCAUUAUCAGACAGGUAUUGAUCACCGAAAACCAGGGCACUAGGCCCAGCCAUGCGAUACUCAAAUGAUACUCGAAGCUUCCUCAAAGAUGCCUUAUAAUUUUGAUGUAUUUAAAGUAGGACUCCUCUGUAUGGAUCAUAAAUUAUGUUACAAAAUACCAUCUAUACCCAAAGACACAAAUUCCAAAGAACGCUCAAAAAGCGGCACAAAAAGAAUUCCAAAAACAGAACGACACAGGAACCUGAGGUCAAAUUCUUGUUAAGUUUAGGAAAUGUCACCAAUCAUUUUGGGAAACAUGUGGCCUCUAGAGUCACAAGAACUUGGGAAUUUGAACCGCUGUUGUGCGUGACGUCCCCAAUUUUACAAGGCUUCAACUCUGCAAGUGUCGGAGGAUUGAUUUUGUGCAAAUGUUUUUGCUUUUUCACUUAGUUUAAUCGCCCAAUGAAAACCUGAAUAUUUGAAUCACUUUCUUAAAAAAAAAAAAAAGCAAAUGUCCCGAGAAAACCGGUACAGUAGAAGUGAUGUAUAAUUGCACGGCAUUAUGUAUUAUGUUCCUACAGCGGAACCUCCAAAGCUGAACACAAGUCCAAGUUGUUUAAAUUUUCCACAAAAAAAAACUAUUACAUAUAAAGUCAAAUGAAUAACUGUACUGCUCCAAAUAUAAGAUGGUAUUUUGCCACUUAAAAGCAGUCUGCCGCAGCCUGUAGAUUUGUACUGCACAUGUACACCAACAGGUGGCGCCAAACAACUUCAGAAAAGCAGCCACAGCCCAAAGGCGCACUCAAAAAAGCAGUUGUUGAUAAUUUUAAGAUAAUGGUGCUCAAUGAAGCAGACUCAUCAAACUGGCGAGCAGCUAAGAAAUCCUUUCUUAUUGCAAUUUUGAAAAAGAGAGGACGGCUCUUAUUCACGCUUGUCUUAGGUUCCCAUUAAUGCAGGUUGUUUAUUAGUGGUAAUUGGCAGUGGUGUAAAAAUGUGUCAUACCAAUAACUGUUUGUAAUACAGUGGAACCUCCAGACUGUGCUCUGGGUGACUUCCAGGUUCUCAUUUUAAAACACAUUUUCCAUGACAUAUGAUGUAAAGUGGAUUCUUCCUGGCGGCGUUACACUGUUGCCUUCAUAAAGUUGUAACAUUUAAGUAGUUCUGCAAGUAUAAAGAGUAAGUUUAAAGUUAACCACUGUGGAACAUAAAAAAGGUAACACUACGACUAUCCGUGCAGACACCCGAUUGACAAGGAAUGGAUUCUGCUUUUCUUUAAGCAACAUGCUAUUUAUAUUAGUAUCUGCUUGCUUGAAUAGAUUUGUGUAUGGAAUUGAUCGUUAUGGUAAUCAAUCCUAGCAUAUUAUUCAUAUUGUACCAAAAAGCCAGACGUUUCCCUAUGUCACAAUAACGGCCGCUUCUAUGGUUAUCAUUAGGGGUGGAUAUUCGUUUUAGACGAGUAGCCGUUACGGAUAAUGCAUUUUUGCCGAGUACGAGCAUGAAACGAGUACAGCUCAUCAUUAUCCAUAAUCGUGAUGAAGGAAAAUCCUCAUUGGGUAACUACAUAGGUAUUCACUCUUCAUGCUCUGUGAGCGGCCAUCCCUCCCUAGACAGACUUGCUUGGCGUCACAUUAAUGCCAAAAUUGGCGCGCAUAAAACCUUACUCGGCGCGCUCAUGAUGUCUGAAUUUGCUGCUUCCUGCGCGAAUGCUCGCUCAAUGUUCGCUAGGAGCGCCCGAAGUAGCGCUCAGUGCUGAUUAGCGGUUUGUAUGAUAUUACAUUACGUAGGUGGUGCAUUUGACGAGACAGCGCUGUAAACCGCUCGUGUUGUGUCAGUCACUGCCUGUUUCUUUUUUUUUUUUCGUCAGCUUGCUUUUAAUUUGACUGGUGAUGUAAAGUCAGUUGGAAAACGUUGCUUGUAGUACUGAACGCGGUGCUUUUGAGAAAAAUACAGUGAACAAGGCCCUGUUUGCCAUCACUCAAUCUUUGCACGAUUCACCAACUUCACACAGAUCAUUACAAAACUUAAAAAAAAAAAAAAAACGUCAUAAAAAAGUCAGUGGUUCUUCCACGUUUAUGAUCAAAAACGUAAUUUGAAUCUGAAUUUUGAGGCUGUUCUGUAAAUAGUUUUCAAAUACACAAUAAAUAUAGCAACUUCUGAUCAAUCCAUGUCAAUAUCAGACUUAAAAUAACGUACUGAUUUAAGCCCCCACUCAUUUCUGCUUAAGCAAUGGCCUCUUCCGGUUUAUUCCACGCCCAUACUCUGUACUCGCUCAUCCCUAGUUAUCAUCAUAAACCAUCAAAACAAACCAAAAAAUCCUUUAGCUGCUCACGGAGCUGAAGUCUCACGUGACAUGCAUAACAGUUGUUCUAACCACCAAGACUUUUGGCGCAUAGUUUUCUGGUACAUUUUGGACUUUUGUGUCGACUGUUUUGGUUCUCUUGAAUCCCAGUGUGAUGUAAUACAUGACAAUCUGUCAUUUGAUAUGCAGGUGUAGCUCAUGUUGUGGCCAGUGAGUGUAUUAAGCAAGGCUUUAGGUGAAGCAUCAUGUGAAGAAAAUGCAUGAGCAGCGGGUCGUUCAGUUCCCAUGAGUGUAUUCUGGUGCUGACAGAUAGCUUUAAGACCAUAAAAGGUGGGCAGGUGUCGGCUUGCGUACUGAAAGCCUCCACGCUGAGGGUUACCACUGAGCUCAUUCCUCAUUUUCUUUGGAGCAUUUGAAGUGGGGGGCACCUGAUAGUGAAAUACUGUCUGACCUGCUGACUGUAUUUAUGAGUUUAUUAUUAUUUAUGAGUUUAUUAUUUAUUAUUGGUCUGUUUUGACUGUAUUUUGUACAUGUUUUUUUGCUAAUAUGUGGCGGUCUUCCCUCGCCUUUUUGUAUGUUUUGUAUCAUCACGCAGAGAAGCUGAUAUACUCGAGUGUCACACGAUUCCUGUCAUCACCUCUCAUCACCCGAAAAUUUGGUUAAUUCUGCUGCAGAAGGAAGUAGCUAGCAGGUCUGAUCUCAUCUGAUGUCGGCUGACCUCAAGUGAUUUCCUUCCCUCCUUUCAGGCUUAUUGCUUUAACUCCCUGAUCCUCUUCAUAUUGCUCUCUCAAAGCAGGCCCAGGGUCCCUACUAUGGGCGUGCCAGAUGAUGUUUUCGUUAAAAGGUAUUUAGCCCCUCAGCUUUAUCUGAUUCCAUUUAGAUGGAUGCCAGCAGACCGUGGCUUCACCUCACCGCAACACCACACUGCUCUGAUUUAAGGGAGCCGUGUGAGAGAAGAGGGACGAAGUCUAGACUAUGACUGCAUAGGGGCACAACAGGAACUCCGGAACAUUAGCACUCCAUGGCUUAUCGACUUAAAGUAAUGAGUCGAGCACAGCAUAAUCUUUUUAAAAGAUCGCGUUAUCUCUACAACUGUUUAGUGGCGUGCACGAGUGCACUGCAGUGUUCAUGAAAAAGAAGAAAACAAUGGAAUCAAUAGAUGCUUUGUGGCACAAGCGUGCCGCAUACCGCCAAUUACUACUGUGCGAGUUAUUGAUCGCUCCACUACCUUGUACAAGAGAUAUGCUGCUCAUCUAAUGACAAAUUCAUUGAUACACUCAACAGACCACUGUGUUGGUGAUUUAUUCCUCUUUUCUCCAUUAACAAGCCGAGAUCUCGGCAGGAGUCCUUUAAAUAACUAAUUAUAUCUUCUCAAGGGACAAUACUAUAGAAAUGAAACUUGGAUCUAUAUAUAGUAGUCAGUGUACAGCAUGGAAGGCAGUAUAUGCUUCUUGUCCUCUGAAAUGUCCACUAAUGGCUGUGUGUUGACUCAUUUACUCUCUUUAAAUGGUUGAACAUGUCCAAAUUGUGUCCAAAAUGUCAGUAUUGACUGUGCACUAUUGUUGUCUAGCACUGCCUUAACCCUCUUAGGUGUGGAAUUCACCUGAGUUGCGCAGGUUGUUAUUGGAAUCCUCCUCCACUCCUCCAUGGUGACAUCACCGAGUUGGUGGCUGUUAGACACCUUCCUUCCACCUGAGGAUGCCCCACAGGUGCUCAAUUGGGUUCAGGUGUGGAGACAUAAAAGGUCACUCCAUCACCUCUCCCAGAAAGGCACUUGUCAUCUUGGAUGUGUAUUUGUGCUCUUUAUCAUGUUGGAAAACGGUCAUGCAGCCCAGUUUCCCAAGGGAGGGAAUCAUGCGCUGCUUCAGUGCCACAGUACAUGUUGGAAUUCAUGCUUCUCGUUGCCAGCAGCACUCAUGGAGCCCAAGACCAUGAUGCUACCACCAUGGUUGACUGUAGGCAAGACACACUCAUCUUGGUACUCCCUUGUGUUGCCAACUAUUUAGACAAGAAUGGCAGCUAUACAAAAUGUACACUGACUACUCUAAAGUAUAUCCAACAUAGUUUGCGACAUACUGUGUAUGGUGUUGGCUUCAUAUUAGAGAGUAUUAUAUAAGAUGUGUAGCCUAACCCACAGUUGAUUUAUUAUUAGAUAAAUCUGUGUCUCCCGAUACUUUAAUCCAUAGCGUAUUGCAGAGGUGUCACCAGGUUUUAAGGACAGGGGAGGCUUGGCCCCCAGAAGAUACACAGCAUGUGAGCAAGCCUAAAGCACAUAAUUCAUAAACUACUGUAGCUAACAAAGACUUGAGAAAUCAUUUAUUAUUAUUUCAGUCUCUUUUUUUAACAGAUUUGCACACUAACAGUGUGGUUACAGCAUAAAUAAAGAAAAAGGGAAAAAACACACACAUAUUGUUCCAGUGCUGUAUUAGGGAGCCUACAUGUAAUGUAAGCAAAACUGUAUUGGAAAAAAAACACACAAAGCCAAGUAAAACCAUUUUUAUAUAACGUGGCGACAA